AUGGAUGAGUGUGUUGGCGAACGCUGUGUCUUAGCAGAAAUUGGAGAGAAGAUAGGAAGGGAAGAUUUUAGAAGUCUGUCUUUUCUCUCCAAAGACUUCAUCAGCAACAGAAAGAGACAAGAAAUGAAGAACAGCCUGGAAUUAUUUUUAGCACUAGAAGAGAAAAUGGUGAUCCAGUGCAAGGGCGGGGACUUCUCGUUUUUAUUGGAUGCAUUUACACUGAUGCAGAGAAACGAUAUUGUUAGAAUAUUAAACGGAGGUCGAAAUCAUCUCAGCGUGGUUGCAGCUGAUACUUCCAAUAGAAAUUUAUUAUUAGAAAAAAGAAUGCUGCUUUUUAAAGUUGGUGAAGAAACGGGAAAGGUUGAAUUCCAAAAACUAAAGGAGCAGUUAUCAAGGUUUGGAGUUGGGAAGAGAGCAUUAGAUCAUGUGACAGAUGUUUGGGAUGCUUUAGAUUUGCUGGAGGAAAAAGUUUCAGACAGUGAACUUUUUCACUGUCUGAAAACUGUUUAUAAAGAUGAAGAAGUACAAACAAUUUUGGAUGACUUUAACAAAGGUAUUGUAAAUGAAGGAGCUACAGGGUGUACCCCAGAUAAAAUCCCUGUACAGGAGGUUGGUGAGGAAGACAUUGCUGAUAAGAAUGAUCUACCAAAUGAAAUGGAAGGCAGUGAAAAUCCACAAACAACAUUGAGUCCAGAUGGUUCUCCAAGUGGAUUCUCCACCUUAGGAUCUUCAAGACUGGGAGCUUACGACAGAGGACGCCAUCCAGGGAUAUGCGUCAUUAUCAAUAACAAGGACUUUGCAGAUGAAAACAUGCAAACACGUACAGGAACAGAAGUAGACAGAGACAAACUAGAUUGGCUUUUCAAGAGUUAUGGUUUUAAUGUCCUGGUACAUAACAACCAGAGCCGUGAAGGAAUGUUGCAAAUUCUGGAAGAAGUAAGAAAUAGGAACCAUCAGGAUAAUGGGGCCUUGGUUGUCUGCGUCUUGAGUCAUGGAAAGCCAGAUGCUGUGUUUGGGAGUUGUGGUGGAGGCAUCAACAUUACGAGCAUGACCUCGCUGUUUCGUGCUGAUAAGUGCCAGUCACUGGCAGGAAAACCAAAAUUUUUCAUUUUACAGGCGUGUCAAGGAUAUCAGAUUCAAAAUGUUUGGCAUAGAACACCUAUAGCCACCCCAGUAGAGUCUGACAUUAUCAGAUUACCUCCAAAUGGGACAGAAGCAUCUGAGGUCUCUGAACCUGGUCCAACACUCAGGAUGCCUUCACCAUCCCAGAUGAGUAACCUUAAUCCCUUUCUUUCCUACUUUUCUUCUAUUCAAAGGAGGCAUCCAUCCCUGAACAUGGCCACUGGAAGCCCUCCAAGUAACCUUGGGUUCCAGCCUGUGUCCUCACUUGGUGGAAUGCCUCAGCUGGAUCUUGCGUCAGCUGAGGCGGAUUUUCUGAUUGCACACUCCACCAUGUCUGGGUAUAUGUCUAUGAGGGAUGAGAGGGAGGGAUCCUUUUUUGUCCAGUCUUUAGUCAAGCAUCUAAAGGAACACUCACCAAGGGAGGAUGUUGUAUCAAUCCUCACCGAAGUCAACAAGGAGGUCAGUCAGAAAAUUGGAAAAACCAGGCAAGGUCAAAUAGCUGUCCAGAUGCCCGAGCCUAAACUUCGCUUGACCAAGAAAUUUUAUCUGUAUCCUGUUGAAACAGAAGUCUAAAUGGGGGAGUAUCACGUGGUAUUUCUAAAACCUGUGGGGAGGGCGACCAUUUUUUGCGUUGUACAUGUAACCCGCCGCUGGUCGGAGCAUGGUCAGCGAUCGUCCCAAGCCGAUGUCGUGGUUUUGGCAUAUCUUCCACAGCAAAUAUUAUAUAUAAUUCUAAUAUUAUUAAUUGUCCAUCUUUUCCUAAUCUUUAAGUAUGAUCAAGGAAAGGCGGAAAUAUAUUCAUUUUUGUGUAUUGUACAUUUCUGUUAUGAGUGCAUACGUAUAUAAAUUCUAUAUUGUUAACGUUAAAUUGUUUUAUUACAUACUGAA